GCGCCGAGCGGCACCGGCGGGGAUGGCGCGGCCGGCCAGGAGGAACAAGAAAGUUGUUGAUUAUUCUCAGUUUGGGGAUUUGGAAGAUGAUGAUGAAGACUUUGCACCUUCAAGCAAAAAAUCCAGAACACAGCUCAAGGAAUCGAAGAAGGAGAAAAAAGAGAAGCCAAAAAAACCCAAAGAAGUGACUCCAUCACAGACACAGACACUAAGUAAGAGGUUAUCCUUGGAUGACAAACUUUAUAAAAGAGAUUUGGAAGUUGCCUUAGCCUUGUCUGUCAAAGAAAAAUCUGCAGAUCCCCAAGAGGUGCAAAAUUCAGAAGAGAAAGGUAAGAAUAUUGAAUCAGAAAAUACACAGAGGAGACCUCCUUUUUCCAACUGCAGUGUGGAUGGUGAACUUUUGGGCCUCAAUCAGGUUAUGAAUGAUAACACACCUGAGGGUGAUGAGAGGCAAAGGACAGCAGCAACCAAAGUUCCAGCACAUCACAAGUCAGAGGUGGUUGUCAGUGAUGACAGAGCCCAGGAUCCUGACUCUGAGCCAGAGUCUCUACCCACAUCACCUAUAGUUUCUCCUUCCUGGAUAACAGAGCACAACUCUGAGCCAAGGCAGAAGGUGAUGUCCAGUCCCUCAGAAGCAGCUGGGAGGCCUCUGCAUGCAUCAAGUCCUGUUACAGACAAAAAGCCUAAAUGGACACCACCAGCUCCAUCAGGAAGCAGUAAUGCCUCUGUGAAAUGUGUUCCUGUUAAGUCACCUACUCACUGCCUUAGACUCGGCCUCUCCAGAUUGGCAAGAGUCAAACCUCUCCAUCCCAGUGCUACCAGCAGUUAAAUGGUCAGUGACAAAGUGCCACAUGGGAAAAGACUGUGGAAAGGGUUUUGCUGACAAACAGAGGGUGGGCAGCAUCCUGGAAUCACCCAUUUUGGAGGUCUCUUGUUACAGAUGUGUCUGAUGUUAGGAUGAGUUUUGAUUCUGCAAAUUUCUAGGCAUCUUUAAGUGCUUCUGAAUAAUAACGUGAUUUUAUCAAAGUGAUAUCUGGGCCACCAGCUUUUUGAUGUAUUAUAUUCAGAGAUGUUGGUUUGUGAUAAUUUUAA